GGUCGGGUUCGGGAUCCUUUCGGGUCGCUCGGCUUGGGUCGAAAUCAUUCUCGCGCACGCCCAGGUCUAUUGAUCGACGCACGAUCGUGCCAGUCACAGAGUCGGGAGGCCGCGACGUGGAAAAUAGCAAGUGCACUGAGCAUCAAAACGGGUUUUUGGAUAAGCGUUUUUACCCUGAAGAACGACCAACAUGGUCGGAGGAGUUCUCGAAGAUGGUCCGCUGAUACGGCCGGUUGAUUCUGUUUCAACCGCCACCCUCGUAGCGCUAUGCAUUGGUGCAACUCUGCUUGUAUGCGUGGCUGUCGCCACAUGGUGGCUGUGCCGUCGACGCAGAGGUCACACCAAGCUGGGACCAGACAAAUCUUUGGCUUUUCGACCGCCCCACCGGAAGCCUACGGCGGUAAAGAGUCCCGGGAGUACCAGCCACUAUCUUAAAAAAAGUCCGAGCCCAACUGGUCCGGCUAAAAGCCCUCCAGGUUCCGGAAGUCAUACACCAAGCCCCAUCGGGACACAGCCUAUGCAGCAGGCAAACAACCAGUCGACGCAGCCUCGUUCGCCCCAGGGUGCUGGCACCCCCGUGCAAACACCAUCCGGAGAAAUAACUCUAACUAUUGAAAACGAGCGAGACAAAGCUGAGCUUGAGAAUAACGAGAAGACCGAUAACGUAAAUGCGAAUCGGGACAGCAACAAGGAUGGUCUGGGUCAGCUGGAGUUCAAGUUACGAUAUCGGAGCGAGCAGAACGCGCUCGCUGUUACUGUGGUUAAAUGCAAAGACCUUCCGGCUCGAGGGACAAAUGCUACUCGCGAUCCUUAUGUCAAACUGCAACUUCUACCCGAUAAACAACACCGGGUGAAGACCAGGGUUCUUCGUAACACCAAAGAUCCCGUGUACGACGAAGACUUCACCUUCUACGGUAUAUCCCAGAACCAACUACAGAAAAUGACACUUCACUUCGUGGUCCUCAGCUUCGACAGGUAUUCACGCGACGACAUGAUCGGUGAAGUUGUCUGCGCAUUGUCUUCUGUCCCCGGUUUGGAACAGGUUGACAAUCAGCAAUUAGCAUUGUGUCGUGAGAUUUGUCCUCGGAGUUUGAAGAUCCAAUCGCAGGGAAGAGGUGAGCUUUUGGUCUCACUUUGCUGGCAACCCGGUGCCAGCCGCUUAACGGUAGUUGUUCUAAAAGCUCGCAACCUUCCAAAGAUGGAUGUGACUGGGUUGGCAGAUCCCUACGUAAAGAUGUACCUCCUCUAUAAUUCUCAACGCAUUGCAAAGAAGAAGACACACGUCAAGAAGCGAACUCUUAGCCCUGUCUUUAAUGAGUCCUUCGUAUUUGAUAUACCCAGCGGUGGUGACGGCCUCGGAAGCGUCAGCUUAGAAUUUCUGCUACUUGAUUGGGAUCGCGUGACCAAAAACGAGGUGAUCGGCCGGCUCGAAUUAGGGAGCGCGAAGAGUCAGGGGUCGGCUCUGAACCAUUGGAACGAAGUGCGCAGUUCUCCGCGACGACAAAUUGCUGAUUGGCACAAACUGAGGGAGUAACCCGUCCUCGUAAUCCCGAUUUCGAUCCCCACAUUCCCUCUUUCCCCUUUUUCUAUCUUUUCUGAAUCCCUAAUUGUCCUUCGCCGACAGCCCUACACCUUAGCGCAUCCACUCUGUAAAGUUGUAAAAUGUAUGUUUUUUUAACUACCCACUCAACGUAACUUAUAAUAUGGGCUUGAAGUGAAUGUUUUAUGGAAGAGCAGUCAGUGAUUAUGAUGUUAGUAUUAUAAGAGAAUAUGGAAGAGAGUAAGUCGUACUAUUCGCAGUUAUGAUAAUAAUACCUUGGGGACCCAUCGGAUUAAGAGAACGAAAUAUUGAAAUUCAAUACUCAAUACAAGCAAUGGGUGUAUGGCAAUCUAUUAUAAAAAUUGAUAAAACUGAAUUUUAACCCGACUGCAGCAGUGCUGCAAUCGAAUAUGAAAGCUCUUUCAAAAAAAAUUGUUAUCCUAUAGAAUAUAUGGUUGACCGACCUAAUCUCCCGAAUGUUUUAUUGACCGAUAAUUAAGUCAUCCGAUAUACGUUAUACCUUAUACGUUUGAAAGAAUUGCUUUUGCACGUAUUAUUAACCUUUAUCGUAUAAGCCCGAACAUUUUUUAACUUAGAAUACGAUAACGUGAUUCUUAUAAUUCAAUUCCCGCAUACUCGUAUUCUACAGGGUGUGUUUCACGUGUUAUACAAACUGACGCCCUGUUUAAAAAUAUAUAGAGAGCAUAAUAUUCUCAAAAUGCUUCCGUGUAGAAGAUCUGCACGACACUUAGCAUCAAUCAAAUUUAGUGAAAUGUUCAAUUCUGUGCUGCGCGUAGAAGAAAUAUAAUAGGUUGAUGUUUUAACUCAUGCUAAAAUUUAUGAGCAUAAUAUACUUGCAGUGAUGGAAAAUAUUGGAAAAAUUUUGGAGCACUUUAAAAAAUUGACGUAUAAUCAAGAAUAAAUACUAGAGAAUUGAUUGCAAACUUCGUCAAAAAUAAAGGUAAAGAGAGAAUUUUAAUGUAGUACUUGGAAUUCGAGGUACAGGAUUGAGCAAAUUUCCCGUAAAUUCUUUUGAUGUUAGUUAUCAUUGUAUUGUGACCAAGCAAAAUGAAUGUAACGAAAUUAAAAUACAAUUUAGGCAUAACAUUUAAGACGUCAGCCAGCAAUGAUCAUUAAGUUUGACGAUAAAUCCUCAUGCAUUUUGAAACAAAAGUUUGUGGAACAAGAGCCACCACUGUUAUAAAAACUUUGAUGACAUAUGCGAUUCGAAUAAUUUAAAAGAAAAAGCUCAAGCAAUUCUAUAAUACUUACCUGGCGAUAGGAUAUUUCGUAAAGCCUACAUGAAGAUUGACGUCGUUCGUCUGAUAUUUUAGCUAGAAGCUUUCUGUUUUAUUGACAUAUAGUUGUAUAUAUUUAAUAUCAAAACAAUAUAGAAACUAUGUGCUGAA